UUAAUUUACAAAAACAUAGAUUCUAUAAAUAUAGGAAAAUACUUUCUGAAUUUUCAAUCAAAAAACUGCGACUUGAAGAUUUGGCAUCUCACUUGCCAUUCAGGAUACCAAAAAGCAACUAAAGCGCCUAUGGAAAGUUCAGCUUUGUUUAUGGACAGUAAGAAUAUGGCCUGUGCAUCUUUCUCUUCUGGAGAAGCACAUAUGACAGAUAAGCCUGGUACGUCCUUCAGUAGAGGAGCAGAUAGCCCUGAAGACACCAAGUUAGCCGGUGAUGUUUCCGGGGCAACAGCCAGUAUUGAUCGCAAGCCAAAAUUCAUGCAGCGGGCCAAAACAUGGUCGGAUGAAGUUGAAAAUUUAUACAGAUUUCAGCAAGCUGGCUAUAGAGAUGAAAAUGAAUAUAAACAAGUAAAGCAUGUUGAUGUGGUGGAAAGGUGGCCAGAAACUGGAUUUGUGAAGAAGCUUCAGAGGAGGGACAAUACUUUCUACUAUUAUGAUAAGGAAAGAGAAUGUGAAGACAAAGAAGUCCAUAACGUUAAAAUGUAUGGCUACUGAUCUAUGUCUCUCAUCCACUGUUUUUAGAAAUGAUUUUUUUUGUCUUGAAUAGAAUGGAACCCAUUAAAAAGUUUUUAAGAGUAA